AUGAAGUUCCCAUAUGCUACCACCACCACAUUUGUGGGCCCGUUUCCCCCUCCCUGCUUCCGAGAGCAGUGUGCAGAGGCCAGUGUCGGAGUAGCAAGGGAGUACAUGCGCAGUGUGAGGGAAGUGGAGGGCGAGAUACGUAGACAAGCUGGCCGGGUGGCACAUGAAUGCGUUAAACUGGAGCGGGAGAGAGGCCUCCUGGAGAGGAUGCUGAGGAGCCUGAGGUGUGAAAUGCUGAUCAACAAGAAGAGUGUGGACGGAAGGACCAUAAGACCAGCUACUACUGAGACUGGCAGAGACGGAGCAGACCAUUUGCUGGAGUGUGAAAAGAGAGAACUCACUGAGCUGAAACAGGAGCUGGGGAGCACUCUGAGGAGCACACUAGCACAACUACAGACCCUGGGUCAGUGCAGUAGGCAGCUGUUGGACUGUGCCAGUGAGAGAGCGCGUGUUCUAGAGCUUCUACCACACACUGGCUCUGGCUCUCUCUCCGCAGGGGGACAUGGAACUCCCUCCCAAGGCCUCAUAAAACUGCCAGAGCCAAUCGCCCCCUUCACUCCAGAAUGUAAGCAGGUUCUGGAGUCUUCCACUCUGGCUGUGAACCAAUCACAGCUGCUACGAGAAAACAUCAGGCAGAUGAUUGGCAAUGCCAUCGCCAGGCAAAAAGCUGCCCACCGUACUGUCAAUGAAGCUCUGGUGAAGAAAAUAGCUGAGACAGUCACUCUAAAGCAAAAUCUUACAACUAUGUCUGCAGCCACCAGGCAGGCCAUUUUCCGCAAACAGAGGCAGCUGAACUGCAUUCGUCACAGCCAUGACAGAGCACUGGGCCCUGAGUACAGUGGGGAUAUAUUUUCCAGAGAGAAACUGAACAGGCCUAUAGUAAAGGUUUACCACAGACACCCUGGGACCCAGUUACCUGAGGCUGCUCAUCUCAUACAGUGUAGUUCUGUGUUGAGACGCUGCCUGCUGUCCUCUGAAGAGGAGCUCUCCAGGCUGCAGGGCACAUGUCUGCAGCUGGUGGCCAACCUGCACGGCAAGAGGGCCGCAGAGCAGGUGGACUCUGCUGUGGUCAGGCUGCGGCGGCAGCUGGUCGAUAGACGAGCAAUGCCCACUUUCCUCCAACAGGGGUUGUACUAAACUCAUUAUGUAGUGCAUGACUCAAUUCCUCUUUCCUCAAUGUUUCCUCUCUCUUUGGCUCCUUCUCAAAAUGCAUUGGAGGAGAAGAUCAGAG